AUGGCCUGCGAGGUUUUGCGCACCAAGGGGAUGGCUGAGGAGAGGUUGGCCAUGGGGAAGGCCGGGCUGAUCACCAAGGCACUGGACCGGUGCUGGAGUACGACGGCAAGGAACAGCACGCCAGCGGAGGGCUGCUUCUCGGUGUACGUCGACGUGGGCAGGCAGCGGUUCGUUGUGAGGACGGAGUGCGUGAACCACCCAUUGUUCCGGGUGCUUCUGGAGGAGGCCAAGGAGAUGUUUGGUUACGCAGCCACAGGGGCCCUUGAGCUGCCCUGCAACUCUGAGGCGUUCGCCGGGGUGCUGGAGCAGAUCGAGGAGGAGAUGCAGAUGACGACGGGGAGGAGGUACGGCCUCCCCAGGGGGAGCUCCUACCAGCUGCUCGGCACCGGUCAGACUGUCAUCAUCAGCCAAUCGUAG